AAAAAACAUUAAAUAUAUUUACUUUUUUUCCACCUGAAGGUAGUUACAUAUUUACCAUUGAGUAACAUGAGAAAACUUAACGACCAACAUCAAAACAUAGUGGAGGUGGUGGACACAUCCCCGUCGGCUGUUGAACAUGAAGAUGGGGGAGAAUGUUCCCGAUCGGCACUGGGGACCGGGGAACGAGAGUAACCCCACGGGCCCUGCAGCGACAGACAGCCCCAGUCGAGAGUCGAUCAUAUUGGCUCGUCUCAAUGCUCGUGCAAGGGCGAGGAAGGCUGCCAUGUCACCUUUAACGAACGGCAUAUCUAAACCACCCGAGCAAUACGUGUACGCUGUAUCUACGGACAGCAGGAAAGUUGAGGAAAUAGAAACUGAAAUUAAUACCAGGAAGGACGAAGACACACAAGCUGAAAUUAGUAAUAAGUCAGACACUAUUACUGAAGGUGAUGUGGUUGAAGGGGACUCUACCAAGAAGAAAAAGAAGAAGAAAAGAGACAAAGAAACAAAACCCAGUGAUGAAAUACAAGUACCAUUUGAUGAUAAAGUGAGUGGUGUGGUUGUUGACGAGAGCUAUGAUGAGAGUCCCCCAAAAAAAAAGAAGAAGAAGAAGAAGAAAAGAGAGAAAAGCGAUACAAUUACAGAAGAGGAGACUGUCGACUCUGUCACUAACACACCUUGCGACACGGAGGUUAAUGGUGAAAUUGUCGAGAAGAAAAAGAGAAAAAAGCUUAAAAGGGACAGAAAAGACAAAAGUUUUACGGAAGAGUCGCGUCUUGACGUUGGCAGCGACACGGCCUGUGAUGUGGAAGUCGACGGUGAAUUAGUGGAAAAGAAAAAGAAGAAAAAACAUAAGAGAGAGACGGGAGAUGAACGCAGCACUGAACAGCCGAGCGUUGAAGGUGGCAACGAUACUAUCUGUGAUGACGAAGGCGGCGGCGAACCCAUUAAAAAGAAGAAGAAGAAGAAGAAGAAGAAAAAGAAAAGGGGAGACGAGGAGGGCGAGAAAGACCAACCACAAGACGUGAAUGGCAUCGUUGGCGGUUUAGACGAGUCGUUAAAACGUGACGAGAGGGACGAGGAACUCGGCGAGGCAAGCCAGGGAGAGCAACGCGAUGAUGUCCCUUCAGAGCCACACCCAGAUUCCCAGAGUCAAGGUGAAAUAUCGAAGAAAACCACAACAAGAGCAUUAAUGGUUAAAAAUAAACAGAUUCCUUCCACUGGUGAUGAUGAAAUGGCUAAAUCUCCCGUCGAGAAUGGAGACUUGCUUGGGGUGCCUUCAACUCUGGCAAAAACUGGGAAUGAGAAAAAAAUGCCAAUAAAGAGGAAGGCAAAAAAGAAACCAAAGGGAAAGAAGAGGAAAAAAGUCGUUAAAGAACAAGAUGUUCCGGGAUUCACCAUUAUUAAAGAGGUUGAAACCACUAAAAGAGAAGAGUUAAAACGGACACUACCGCACUGGCUGGCCAAUCCAACGGUCAUUAGCAGAGACCUACACGCUGACGGUGCUUCCAUAGAUUCCAUUCACGGUCUUGACGAGGCACUGAAGAAAAUAUUACAAGAGGAGAAAGUCUGCCAGUUCUUCCCCGUACAGAAAGCCGUCAUCCCAGAGAUUCUUGCCGGUGCUAAUUCUCUAUCAAUCAGCAGAUAUAGACCACAGGACAUAUGUGUAUCAGCUCCUACAGGCAGUGGCAAGACUCUGGCAUAUGCCUUGCCCAUCAUCCAGGCACUCAAGGGUAGAACAGUGCCAAAGAUACGUGCAUUGGUGCUCUUGCCCGUACAGGAGUUGGCCCUUCAGGUUUACAAGGUCUUUUUGACAUAUACCAAAGGAAGUGGGUUGAAGGUGGGCGUUGCAGUGGGCAAGAGGGCAUUUAAAAACGAACAGGCAUCUUUGGUCGGUCAUAAUUAUGCCGGAUAUCAUUCACUCAUCGACAUCCUGGUGGCCACUCCGGGCAAACUGGCAGAUCAUCUGAGGCUCACGAAAGGCAUUGAUCUCUCUUCCUUAAGGUACUUGGUGUUAGACGAAGCUGAUCUUAUGUUAGCGGCAGAAGGCGGAGAGUGGGUCAACCGCAUCGAACAGUCCGUAAGAGGCUGUCAGGCGGCCUCACAGAACGUUCUUAUUGGCGGUUUUCAGGGAAGUGGCACUACCCAGUACCCACAGCCAUCCCUUCACCGCCUCCUGUUCUCGGCCACUCUCUCCCACGACCCGGAACAGCUACAGUACGUCACGUUAUACAGACCGAAGCUUCUUAUUGUCACCACACGCAUAACUCCAGGUGUUAUGAAAGAUAAAUCUGAUGGUACUGUGGUUGGUCAGUACAUCAGACCCGUUGAGCUGAAGGAAGAUUAUGCCAUUGUAGAUGAAUCGGUGAAGCCGCUGAUUCUCCAUCAUCUCAUAACAACCAAGUCCUGGCGUAAAGUUCUCGUCUUCACCAAUUCCGUCAAAGCGACCCAUAAGCUUGCCGUCCUUCUGUCAGUCUUGUCGGAGGGUUUAAGAAUAGCGGAAUUUUCAAGUAAGAUGAAGGAGAGAAAGACUAUUGUCUCCAAAUUUGCAUCUGGGAAAAUUGACGUUCUUGUGUCCAGUGAUGCCAUGGCUCGAGGAUUAGACAUCCCAGACAUCGAACACGUGGUGUCUUACGACGUCACAUCUGCCAAGACGCAUGUUCAUCGUAUAGGAAGAACAGCAAGAGCAGGCAAGCCAGGAACUGCACUCUCACUUGUCACGAAGGAUACAAGGGACGACUUCAAGGCAGUGCUAUCCAGUGGGGGAAACGCAACGGAACUCACCAUCUCCACAGAGGAAUUGGAACCAUAUGAGACGCUCUACAUCAACGCUUUAGCCAAGAUGAAGGAAAUAUUACACGAAGAAAAUCUGAAACUGAGAGAGAAGGAAGUGAUGGAAGCCAGAGUUUCCAAAAGUACCCAACAGAGGGAGAGAAAGUGGCAAAGAGAAACCCAAAGAGGAAGAAGAAAGGGUUUGGUCAAGAGGUUACAGAGACCGUUCAGGUGAGAGUACACCCACCCCCCCCCCUCCACAUGUAAACCCCUUCGAAGAACUCUGGAAAUUUUACUAGAGAGAAACCUAUUUGGAUGUACAGGUUUGAGGAAGGAAAC